UUUGUAAUUUCUCAUCCAACUUCUCUUUUUAUGGUCGCUAUUGUCCUCCUCAGGUCCAGCUUGGCUUGGGCUUGGAUGUUCCAUCAAAUCUAGGGAUUUCCUUUUCUUGCAAUCAGUGAUUUUGUGGUGACGUAUACAGAGAAUGAGAGAAAUCCUGGAUUUUCUCUCGUUCUCUUGUAUUUUAUUUUUGUCUUGCUAGUGGUUUCUGAGAUUCUGAGUUGAUUAAUUAGGUUUUAUUCGAAAAUGCCCGCUCAUCGAUCCAAGUCUGACAGAAGCAAUGCCGGGAAGCAGCUCCGGCGGGACCCCUACGAGAUUCUUGGACUUUCGAGGAACUGUACCGAGCAGGAAAUUAAGACCGCUUACCGUAAAAUGGCUCUUAAGUACCAUCCUGAUAAGAAUGCAAAUGAUCCUGUGGCAGCUGAUAUGUUUAAGGAGGUUACGUUUUCCUAUAAUAUCUUGUCUGAUUCUGACAAACGGCGUCAGUAUGAUGCAGCUGGUUUUGAGGCUGUUGAAUCAGAAAAUCAAGAAUUGGAGCUAGAUCUUUCCAGUUUGGGAGCAGUGAACACCAUGUUUGCUGCACUUUUUACUAAACUUGGUGUGCCAAUCAAGACAACUGUAUCAGCAACUGUGUUGGAAGAGGCACUUAAUGGCGCAGUCACCAUUCGCCCUCUUCUUUUAGGCCAACCUAUAACCAGGAAGGUUGAAAAGCAGUGUGCUCAUUUCUACUCUGUCAAAAUUACAGAAGAGGAGGCACGGGCUGGAUUUGUGUGCCGAGUGCAAUCGUCUGACAAGAGCAAAUUCAAGUUAUUGUAUUUUGAUCAGGAUGGGAGUAGUGGAUUGAGCCUUGCACUGCAGGAGGACAGCAAAAAAACUGGGAAGGUGACUGCUGCUGGCAUGUAUUUUCUUGGUUUCCCAGUUUACCGGUUAGAUCAAACAGCCAACUCGCUGGCUGCUGCAAAGGAUCCAGAUGCUGCCUUCUUUAAAAAAUUGGAUAUGUUUCAGCCAUGCGAAAUAAUUGAACUGAAGGCAGGCACACAUACAUUUGCUGUUUAUGGUGAUAAUUUUUUUAAAAGUGCAAGCUACACAAUAGAAGCUCUUUGUGCUGCUCUUUUUACAGAAGAAAAGGAGAAUCUUAGAGCUGUGGAAGCUCAAAUUCUGACUAAAAGAGUGGAGUUAUCAAAGUUUGAAAAUGAAUACCGAGAGGUUCUGGCACAAUUUUCGAAGAUGACCAGUAGAUAUGCAGAAGAAAUGCAAGCUAUUGACGAGCUUCUUAAACAAAGGAAUGAAAUUCAUGCCUCAUACACAACUGGCCCUCCAAUGAAACGGAGUUCAAGUAAGAACAAAAGUCGGGGUUCACCAAAGGAUGUCAAAGAGGAUGGCCAGGUGAGAGGGAAAAAAAACACAAAGAUGGAUAGAUCAAAGAAGAAGAAGUGGUUCAAUAUCCCCUUAAAAGUUGACAAGCGAAAGCCAUGCUGAAAAAGAAGAGCAAUACAGAAUCAACUCUCCAUGGGAUAAUUCUUCCAUAAUCAUUCUUUGUUGUGGUGGUUUGGCAUCUGUGCUGGCAAAGAAUCAGGCUAAAAAGUUCCUGCUUCCCGACUGCAGUAUUCAGUAAUGAAAUGCAUAUAUUGGAUACUUUGGAAUGGCAACAUUUCUCCAACAUGUCUAGGGUGACAACAUUUCUUUUUUAUCUUAAAAAUCUUUCCUUCCUUUUUUCCUGUGCCUGGGUCAUUCUUGUGUUAUUGUUUUGUUGGUCUCUAGCUAGCAUACCUGUAAAUGCAUAAAUUAUUCUUGAAGAUCCCCGCAAUCAAAUCUUUGCAUCUAUUGUAACGUAGGAUUAAAUGAAUGGAAAAUUAGCCCUCUUCACGGGCCUAAUA